AUCUGAGGUCGACAACUUUUUUAGUUUUUCUUACCACUGUUUUUGGCCGAAUGAUCCUUGCAAUUUUGGCCAAUAGCACUGCAUUAAUGUUAUUUUGUUUUGAGAUUGGAAAAAUUUAUUCGAUGAAGGUAUUUACAAAGUUUGGCAGGCCGAAUCCACCGAGGAAUUGAAAGCAAUUUCCAUGAUGAUCUUUAGCAUUAAAAGGGAAUUUAAAAAAGUAGCAGACGAGCUAGACUGUAGGCUUACACAGAUUAAGAAACAAGUUGCUAAUAAGUCCCUAGUACUGUCAUCAAACACUUCUGUGAUAUGUAAUGAUAAAGAGAAUAUCUUAAAAGAAACAUGUCAAAAUGAACCUCUGUCGAUUCCAAGAGCAAAUGUGGGUGAAAGCCCUGAUAUGUUUCACAUCUGUGAUAAAUCUGACAAUUCUGUAGUGAUAUCCGAUGAUGAUGAGUAUCAUCAAUCAAAUAAGCUAGAUAGCCCAGAAAUAAAAAAAUCGAAAAGAAGUAACCUUCAUAAAAGAAGUCUAAAACUAGAAAAAACUGGCCCUUCUGAGUACUCCGUUAAACAUUUUUCAAAACAGAAACAAAAAAAGCAAGUUGCUGCAUUUACUUUGAGAAACUCCUCAGCAAAGGAGAUGAGAGAUUUUGACACUUCAGUUGUUGCUGCCACUCCUCCGGUUGCAAAAAUUAUUUCUAAACGUGGUAUCAAAACUAAUUCCUGCUUGCAAAAGAAAAAACAAGCCAUGCAAAAUAAUUCUACAUUAACGCAGAUCUUUCUUUCCCACAAAAAAAUUGAAAUUCCUGAUUUUAAAGAAAAAACGGUCAAUUCGAAUUUGGAUGAAACCUAUGUUGAUCUGGAUGGUAGUCAUGACAUAGGAAUAACAAAGAUGAUCAGUUUGUUAAAUAAGAAUGAAUCUUCGAAAGAACAAGUGGUUCACAGUAUUGAUUUUGGCAUUGGUUUACCCUAUAAUCUACAAGGACAAGGAAAUAGCAGGCCCAUAAGCACACAAAAAGUUCAGGGAAAAUCCAUAGAUGGUGCAGAAAAAAGUGGAAUGCAAACAUUUUUAAAUUCCAAGGAUAUCAAUGAAUUUUUUGCCCAGGUUCAAGGAGUGCCAGACCACCAGUUGGAGGCGGAGCCUAUUGUUAGAGGAAAAGCAAGGCAAAAUUUACCAGGAUGGGCAUGCAAAGAAUGUGAAAAAUUUUAUUUACAUCAGGAUUUGAACAAAACAGAACUAAUGGCUCUUAAUAAAUGUUCCAAACACCGAGGGCUGUACAGGCCACGAGAAGACACAAUGCCAGGAUAUUGGGAUAUGAACAUGAUUACACAGGAAGGUGACACAACAUAAUUUCUUUUACUUUGUAUUUUGUUAAUUGAUAAAGUUUAUUUUAUAUUACUUAUUUAUUAUUUAUUUUAUGUUACUUAUUUCUAAAUUAAGG